AUGAAUCGGAACGAUUGCAAUCUUCGUAGUCACCUGGGUCGUAUUCAUAAUAUGGUUGAAGUAAUGUAUACCUCACAACGUCAACAACGUGCUACAAGAUCCAAUCAAAUUAAACCUGAAAAAAAGCGAGAAUUUCAUGAAGCUGCUAUUGAAUGCAUUAUCAGAGAUGGACGUCCAUUUGGUGACUUUCACCGUCCGGGAAUGUCGAAAUUUCUCAAUGUUAUUUGUCCUGGCUAGUAAGUUACUUCAUUCGGAUAAAAUGUACUACUUUUACCAAUCUUCUAUUUCUAUGAAAUUUGAUGUAACAUAUACUAUGAAACGUAUUAAAAAAUUUUAACAUUAGUAUUUUAUGGAAUAUACUUAUGCCGAUUGUGUUUAAGUGCUAAAUGAUGAUCACAUUUAAAUAUAUAUCUUUUCAUUAUCUAUUAGACUCUGAUACAUAGUUAGUUAAGAAUAAAAGAAUACUGAUCGAUUUAUGGACAGAAAAAAUACUAAGUUUUAUAAUCCAUAUGAAGUUCAGAAAUAGAUUCUAAUUAUUUAAGGUUUUGAUAUUUCGCUGAAAAAGAUGUUAUUAUUAAAACAAAAGUCUGGUUUCGAUGUUUGUCGUCAAUAAUAAUUAAUCGAAAACAACGUUGAUAAAAAUAGUUUAUUUUGUGUUCUAAUUCUAGUCUUUUACUAAAGUUUACUUGAUUUUGAAGCAUCACAUUCUACAGAAGAAAAAAUGAAGCUAUAGUAACUUUGAAGAAACAAAGAUUUCUUUCUUUCUUCUGAAUAAAUGAAUCUACGCUACGAGUAAGUCAAUAACACUUUCUCAGUUCGUUUGAUGCUGUUAUGAGCAUAGAAUUUAUCAGCAAACUAUUAAAAUUAGAAGGUUUAAUUCAAUCUAUAAGAACAGAAAUAAAUCUCGACUGUGCUUUUCCAUGAAGCAGGCUUAUUUUGGUGCCAAAAAAUUGUUUUUUAAAAUUUUUGAUAAAAUUUACCCACUAUUACUCAACGAAUGUCUAUCAAAACAGUCAGAAGACGUUUCCUUUUAGAGCAUCUUCUACUAUAAAAAGCUGAUCUGAUUUCCCGGUAAUCUCAGUCCAUUCCAUACGUAAAGUUUAUUGAAGAGCCGUGGUCUUGAUAAUACAUAAGUAUUUGCAGUCAUACCUGCCAUUGUUUUCAUUCUCGUUACAAUGGCUAUACAAAUCGAACAUCACUAAUCAACAAUUAUAAAUUAUCAUCUUUCUUGAAAUUGAGGACAAAAAAUUGAUUUAAUCGAUUUUAGAAGAGAAAUAAGCUGAAAUAUGUCAAACAAAAUCUAAUUGAAGAUAUUCUGUUAUGUACAAUUGAAAAUAAAUAUAUAGUGCAACGAUCAUCCAAGAACGGAUAGCGACAAGCGAAGACAAUAGAAAAAAAAUUAUUUAAAAAAUUUUUAGCGAAUGCUUAGACACGAAAAGUAUUUUUUUAAUACAGUUUAUGCUGGUAAAUUUGAAUUGGAAACAUUAAGCUACUGGAACGUUAAUCUUUAUACUCAGACUCAUUUUCAAAAUGAAAAUUAGAAUAUAGUUCUUUAUGAAUAGUAAAGAGAAAGACAUAUAACAGAGUACAUUCUCAGUGAUUACUUCUCAUUCUAAAUUUGCCAAAUAAAUUGAAGCCGCAUCUAGUAAUAAGAAAAUAGACAAAUUUGCUGAUCGGAAUCUCAAUGUAAUAUUUUUUUUACACGCUCUGGUUUGUUGUCAAUUAUGAGAUGCGGUAGAUGUUUCUAGAAAAGAGAUGCUUUUCAAAUUACCAAGACAUCGGUUACAUAUACCAAAAAUAUUACACAAAUGAUGCUAGGUAAAUGUUAUUUCUGUGCUGCAUAAGAUUUUUCACCACAAUCAAGUUUGUCUUGAUACUAAAUGUGUAAUUUGAAUUGAGAUAUAACUCUAUCAGCAUCCCAAACAAAAAUAUGUUCAUCUUAAAAUACUACUAGCAGUAAUCUACUGUAAGUCUAAUUAACUCAACAAUGUAUUUCAGCGUUUGCUUAUAUUUUAUAGUUUCUGAAGUCAUAUCAAAUAUUGAGCUAUAUCUUGCGUGUUAUUUCAAGGGACAAUAUUUUCUCAAUAUGCCAAAUUAAGGUGAAAACGAACAUAUUGAACAAUAAUAAUAAUUAUUGUCUAUAUAUUUAUGCAAUAUUUGAGAAUAUUUGGCAUUUCUGAACUUAAUAAUAACCAAGAAGCUUCAGAAAACGGAAUUCUUUCUUUAUCGGAUAAUGUUUUCAAUGACAAACUGAAUGUUCUGUUUGCUUUCUCAAACUUAAAAAUAUGAGUGUAACAAGUUUUGUGUAGGGGUCUUAAAUAAAAUAUUUUUAAUUGGUCUUUUAUCUGGCUUGUUAUUUACCAAAUCGCACCUACUUUUCGUUUAAAAAAUUCUAAUCACAAUCUAAAAAACUAGGAGUUGGUAUUGUUUGUUAUAUUUUUAUCAAUAUUAACACAAAAAUAUUAUUUCACUCAAAAUAAAAAUGUAAAGAUCUGACAACAAGAUAGUUGUACCUCACUUAUUUCAACGAUUAUAUGUAGUUUCGAACAUGCUUAAAAACACGAGAUUUAUCUUAUAUAGUUGUUGCUAUUUCGGUGCUCAUAGAACGCAGCAUCGGAACCUGAAUAAAUAUUAGAAAAUUCACCAUUAAUGACUUGGGAGAAUCUAUUGAAAGAUCUGUGCACCUAUUUUUUGUAUGACAGCUAAGAUUUAUUUAAGUAUUCAUUUUUCAUAAGUGUAUUAAAAUAAAUUCUUCAAAUGCCAGUGUUAGACUAUAUUAUUGAUAAAAAUUAGUCAACGGAU